AUGAUUACCACUACAGAAACUACAUCACAGAUUGCUGAUGUAAAUGAAAUACCGACUUUGAAACCACCAAGAGAAACUUUUGUUGAUGAACCGAAAAGUCUAGAGGAUGUCAAUUUAGAAGAAUUAAUUUAUGAUUUACAAAAUGGUUCAAAAAAUGUCAAUAAUUUACAUUUAUAUCAUUCAAUAUUUAUCUUAUCUAAAACAUUACAAUUUAUCAUUAAAUUACAAGAACAUCCUGAUUUGUAUAAUGAAUUUAGAUCCCAACAAUUGAAUAGAUUGGGGAUCAAUGAAAAUGAUCUCAUAGGUAAGAUUAAUGAAAAUAACAAGAGCAGCACUUUAAUUCACCCACAACCACUACAUAUAACUAAAGAUUCUGAAUUCACCAAUGAGAUGAGUAAUAUUCGAUCAAAUACUCCGUCGUUGUCCCCGCCACCAUUGAAAAUGGCCAAAUUUCAUAAAAAUUCUAUUAUUAAUGAUAAUAAAUAUUAUGAUGAACUUGAAACAUCCAUAGAAGCAAGGAUUGUUGAUGAUGUUGAAGCUGAACUAGAUAAUUCUAUAAGAUCACCUAAUGCCAGUUCAACUGUAAAUAUACCAUCACCUUCAAAUGAGUUUGAAUCCAUAAUUGAUGAAAAUAUCGAUGACAUAAAAUAUUUUAGUGACAAUAAUAAUAAUAAUAAUAAUAAUAAUAAUAAUAAUGAUGAUGAUGAACCUCCUCCAUAUAUUCCAAUUGAACAAUUAAUCAAUUCAACAACCAUUACCGAUCAAACGUUAAAUGAUGAACAAAUUAAUGAAAUAUAUAUAAAUAAAUUAAAAUUGGAAAUUUCUCAAAAGGCGGAAGUGGGAUCAAAUCUGGAAUCACAAUUAGAAUCACUUAAAAUAUUUAAUUUAUUGAAAACUCCAAAUAUAUCAAUUGAUCAAUUUUUAAAUCGUAUUAAAACUUAUUCAUCAAAUAUUUCCAUAAUUUCUUAUUUAAAUACAACAUUUUUAUUAUUUAAAUUAUCAAUUUAUUUAAAUAAAAUCAUAUUAAAUUUAAAUAAUAGUUUCCGAUUUUUAAUUGGAUCUUUAAGAUGUUCAAUUAAAAUUUUUGAAGAUAUUUUUCAACAUCAAUCAAAAUUUAAUAAUGUUGUUGGAAUUAAUAAUUUAUUUGAUUUAUUAAAAAUUGAAUUAAAAUUUGUUUAUUUAAUAAAUUUUAAUUUUAAUAGUAAUUUUAAUUGUUUUAUAAUUGAUCAAUUUUUAAAAUUGGAAUUUAUUCAAUUAUGUUUGUUUAUAAAAUCAAAUUUACCUGAUGAUUAUAAUAAAAUUGUCAAUAAAAUUCAGUCAUAA